GCCAAACCCCUCUUUCAUUCGGUUAAGAAAAGACAGGAUACACUUCCAGGGUAGUUUUCGGAAGUGCCGGUUAUUGCUGAGCGCGCGAAUCUAAAUAGUUAAAUCAGUAGAAGCUGUAUCCUAGUUUGGUUCUGUCUCUGUCGUUCAUACGGGUUAUUUACCUCCUCCUCUACAAUGGCGACCGCGGCUGCAACUCCGACCGGCCAGAGAAGCACGUGCGGCAGCGGCACACCGCUGAGUCCGACCAGAAUAACCAGACUGCAAGAGAAACAACAGCUCCGGGACCUCAAUGACCGCCUGGCCACAUACAUCGACAAGGUCCGCAGUUUGGAGUCUGAAAACGACGUACUCCACCUGCAAAUCAGCGAGAAGGAAGAGGUGAGGAGUCGGGAGGUAACCGGACUGAAAGCCCUUUACGAGACAGAGCUAGCCGACGCCAGGAGGUGUUUGGAUGACUCCUCCAAGGAGCGGGCCUGGCUGCAGAUCGAGCUGGGAAAGAUCAAGUCCGAGCAUGAGCAGCUUCUACAGAACUAUAACAAGAAGGAUUCGGACGCAGCAGGAGCUCAGGCCAGGGUGAAGGACUUGGAGGCUCAGCUGAACUCUAAAGAUGCCAUCCUGGCAACAGCACUGUCCGAGAAGAGGGGCCUGGAGGCCAGACUGGCUGACCUGCAGGAGCAGUUGCAGGAGCUGGAUACAGGUCUUGCUCAGGCCAAGAAGCACCUUUCAGAUGAGAUGCUGCUACGUGUUGACUUGGAAAACCGCUGCCAGAGUCUGACUGAGGACAUGGAUUUCCGUAAGAGCAUGCAUGAGGAGGAAGUGAAGGAGGCCCGGCACCGCUACGAGAGCCGCCUGGUUGAGGUGGACUCUGGACGGAAAGAGGAGUAUGAAUAUAAACUGACUCAGGCUCUUGCUGACAUGAGGGCUCAGAAUGAGGAGCAGAUAAAGAUCUACAAGGACAACAUGGAGAGCACCUACCUGACCAAACUGGAGGACCUGCGUCGUCUGUCCGAGAUGAACGGAGCAUCAGCCAACAUGGCCCGAGAGGAGCUCAGAGAGUCCAGCCUGAGGAUCGAGAACCUGAGCGGGCAGCUGGCAGGACUGCAGAAAGAGACUCGUGGUUGGCGUGAUCGUAUAGCAGAGCUGGAGGCAGCGCUGGCUCAGGAGAAAGACAUGAGCCGUAAGCUGCUGGCAGACAAAGACCGGGAGGUGGCCGAGAUCCAGGCCAAGAUGCAGCAGCAGCUGAAUGAAUACGAACAGCUGCUGGAUGUUAAACUGGCUCUGGACAUGGAGAUCAAUGCUUACCGUAAACUUCUGGAGGGAGAAGAAGAGAGACUGAACCUGUCUCCCAGUCCUUCGUCCCGCGUCAUGGUGUCCCGAGCCUCAUCCAGCAGCCGCAGUGUGCAGACCACCCGGGGAAAGAGAAAGCGUGUUGACGUGGAGGAACAGGAAGCCAGCAGCUCGGUGUCCAUCGCUCACUCUGCCUCGGCCACAGGACCCAUCUGCAUCGACGAGAUCGACACCGACGGCAAGUUCAUCAGCCUCCAAAACAGUGGAGACGAGGACCAGGCCAUGGUGGGUUAUGAGAUGAUUAAGACGACUGGAGAUGCCACAACCACCUACAAGUUCACACCCAAGUACAUCCUGAAAGCCGGACAGAAAGUCACAGUGUGGGCCUCUGAUGCCGGUGUGAGCUCAAAACCUCCCACAGACCUGGUUUGGAAGAACCAGUCCUCCUGGGGUUCAGGGGAGGACGUCCAUGUGGUGCUGACCAACCCCCAGGGAGAAGAAGUGGCAAAGAGAACCACGUCAUACAAGACAGCAAUAGAAGAAGAGCAAGGUGAGGAGGAGGAUGAUAACGGAGUGGAGGCCAUCGAGGAAGACCUCUUCCACCAGCAGGGAGACGCUCGCGCUGCCAAAAGAGGCUGCUCCAUCAUGUGAGCUCACUGCACCAACCAGCCAUCAUCACCUCCUCCUCUGAGCCCAGCCAGUCUGCUGCCAACUGUAAUACUAGAACUAUUUUUCUAUCUUUUGUAGUGGAUUUCAAUAAAAUGUUUGGAUUUUAUUUUAUCUUUUUAUUUCUCAUAAAAAUAUAAGACAGCUUUUGGUAGAUGUAUUUUUAUCUGAUAAACCAAAAUAACCUGGUUAUUGAAAAAAGUUUGUAUUUGUAGCUCAGAACCUUUUGACCCUUUUUAAACUGCAGCAUGAAGCUGAACUCAAGGACAGACUGUGUCUUUAAGAAAACGAGUCAUGUACUGUGUCAUUUUUAAAAUAGAUUUUAAUUUUGUUAUUUUAUUUUAUAUUUGAUCUUCAUUUUAUUGUUGACUUAAGGCCUUUAAAUUACACAGUGUGUCAGUUGUUAGUUUAGGUCCUGGGCUGGUUUAGAUCUGUUUUUCAUAUGGAGAGAAAAUAAACACUGAAAGCACAAGUACACUAAAACCUCCACAGUAAGAGGAGGUGAUGUAAUACAUUACUUCCUCCAGUCAGCCUGGACCUUGAGUGGACAUAAUGUCAGCAUCACAUGAUCUGGAAAUCUCUGCGUUUUCUUUAAGUAUCUUUAAAAAAAAAAAAAAAAACUGAAAUACCAUGAUUGUAUUUAUGAUGAAGUCAGAGGACAGUUGAUGUCUGAUCUGGGGACACUACAGAAAAUGGACUGAAAGCCUCCAUCAAUGUUCACCAGUAAAUCUCAUUUUUAUAUGAAUGAAAACUUGUGCCAUCAGGAUAAUUUGACAGGUGUUAUAAUCACAGGGUCUUUAAUGUGAGGGCAGCAAACAUGAGUUUCUCUCCGCUGACUUUAACUAAGCGUUGCACCACUAAUUAAGAAGUAUUGAUUGUAUUCUUGACUUUUGAUAUUUGAAGUGUUUGAAGUUCUUUUUGUGUUUGUGUAUCACUAUGCAUGCUAUGGCUGUAAUCUUCAUAGUUGAAUG